AUGAGAAAUGAUCGAGACAAUCUCUUAAGACCGGUGCAUUCUCAGGAUGAGCGACCUAAGUCGUCUACUCUAUCGGGAUCACAAGGGCAGCGUUUGAUAGAUAAACCGGCGGCACCUUGCUCGCCAAAGCGGCCGUUAGAGCCCAGGCAGCUCCGGUACAACAAGUGGCAGCUGAUGUUUGACCUCCUUAGUGCCAUCUCUGCUCUGCCUUUUGUGGCUUUGGCUCUGGUUGCCAUGAUAUUUAAUUCGAGAUCAGUAGACGAACAUGACUGGGAUGAUCUCCAGAUCGCAAUGAAAACGUCGGUCACAAUCUUUCCUUUAAUAUAUUCCGCCGUAAUCGGCCGUGCCAUACGGCAGAUUGCUAAACAAAAUCUCGAACGUGGAUCGACUCUCGGAAGACUUGAGCAGCUUAAUAAAAGUACGACGGUGUUCGGUGCCAUCUCAACACCGUUAAUUCUUAAGUCCUGGAAUAUCCUGGGCCUCGUACUCGUGCUUAUCUGGCUGAUUUCCCCCUUGGGCGGACAGGCGUCACUGUAUCUUAUCCGUCCACAGACUCUCGAACACGUCGAGCGGCAGGAAGUUCAAUAUCUUGACAUUAACGGCCUCUCCAAGGCUCCAAACCUAUCUUCAUUCCCGAGGCUUACAAACGCUUUGGAAGCGAUGUUUCUGGCCUGCCUGAUCGCGCCGGUAAGUGUGAAGGAGGCGGAUAGUGAUGCGUGGGGUAAUGCCAAGAUACCUUUACUUCGAAGCCUUGUUCGGAAUAAUACAGCUCAGAGUGAGGGAUGGUUUAAACCCGCAGGCAAUAGCAUCACCUAUUCUUCACUUGUCGGAGUGCCCAUGUUCGGGAUAUCAUCGAGAGGCAACAGCACCUUUCAACUACAGACCUCUUACAUUGAUACAGACUGCUUCGAACUCGGCGAGCCACCUGAUGAGCUUGUCUAUGAGUAUAAGGGCCAGAGCGGCAAGUUUCGAAUCUAUCCAGCGGCCCCGUGGAAUGCCACCAGGUCAGUCAAUGCGUCAGUUGCUCCCGACAUACAUGUGCUUUCGGGGUACGGAAGAGAGGCUACAAAUGGCGCUAUGAUAACCUGUCAUCUGACAAACGUGUAUGUCGAAUUAAAGGUGCUUUGUUCUGGGUCGAACACCACAGCCCAAUCUCAACGCAGCUGCCGGGUGACAGCCAUCCGGGAGAGUGUCGAAACACAUCAGUCUUCCUCCCUGCCGCCGUUGAUGUAUCCCGACUUUAACGUUCGGGAUACCUUUGCACAGGGUCUAGUCAAUGCGUCUCUAUCAGUAAAUAGGAAACUCAGUACAUACACUGAGGCAUAUCUUCAAAAUAUUGACGCAGCGGAAACGAUCCCGCUACCAAAAUACCUCUUGAAAACGCCUUUGCAUGACAUAUCUGAUCAUCUAACUCAGAUCAUGAACACGUUUUACUUGGGCAGUAUCGCUUUACCCUUUGUUACCUUGGGGCCGAAUCUUCCCUCCGAGGGCAACUACUCCAAGUAUUCAGAGGCGUAUGAGGCCUUCGACCGCUCCUCGUUAGCCAGUCUAGUAGCCGAAAGAGCCUAUCGGGAUACAACUGCUACAUACGUUGUGAACUGGGGAUGGGCGGCUGUACUUUUACUGGCAAGUCUGGUUCUCAUUGGGGCAUCUGUUGUGAGCUUUUUGGUAGCACGCCAAAGCUUGAAUCCUGACAUCAUUGGGUAUGCUUCAACUCUGACGCGCGAGGCUCCUUACCUACCGCUUCCUUCCGCGGCCAGCGCGCUGAGUGGAUACGAACGGGCAAGGUGGUUGAAAGACGUUCGAAUUCGAUUUGGCGAUGUACAGCCGGAAUCUACAGUUGGCAGGUUGGCCAUUAGCACGCCUGACUUGGCUGACAGGUCACGCAAAGGCAGGCUCUACUUUUGA